ACACUAUAUUUUGAACCGAAAAAAUAAAAAACAGAAACAAAUUCCUUAAACCCUCAAGAACAAGACCACAGAAUAACAAAACCCUCCAAAUCAAACCUGAAACUCAAAAAUCAACAAAAAAAAUCAAAACUGGUGAAAGAUCCUCAAAACCCCUCUUAAUCGUCCAUUAUUAUGGCACCUCUAUCGUUCUCUUCACGAAAUCUAUUCUCCCUCUUCUACAAACCCAGAGUGAUUCCUUUUAAAUUUUUGGGUCAGCAUUCUUCAGCUUUGUUCUCUACUCACAUUGUUGGGGACACACCAAUUCUUGUUAGGGAUUUUAUUCACAAGGCAUUGUAUGAUCCAAAUGUAGGGUAUUUCUCCCAGAAAUCGGCAUCAGUUGGAGUGCUUGAUAGAAGCAUUAAGUUCAAUCAGCUCCAAGGUAGGAAAGCAUACAUGAAGCAUUUGGAUAAGAUUUACAAGCAGAGUGAUGUUUCAUGGUUUACUCCAGUGGAGCUUUUUAAGCCUUGGUAUGCUCAUGGGAUCGCUGAAGCCAUUUUGCGUACUACAAACCUAUCUGUUCCACUGAAAAUAUAUGAGAUAGGUGGUGGAUCAGGAACCUGUGCGAAAGGCAUCCUGGAUUACAUAAAGCUAAAUGCACCGACAAGAGUUUAUGAUAAUAUCAGUUACAUUUCGGUUGAAAUCAGUUCCUCACUUGCAGCGAAACAGAUUCAAACUAUUGGCGAAGUUGAUAGCCACUCAUCCAAGUUUAGAGUAGAGUGUCGUGAUGCUGCGGACAGGAGUGGAUGGGGAGAUGUGAAUGAACAACCUUGUUGGGUUAUCAUGUUAGAGGUGCUUGACAAUCUUCCGCAUGAUCUCAUUUACUCUGAGAAUCAAAUUUCUCCAUGGACAGAAGUGUGGGUUGAAAGCAAAGAAGGGGAAAAACUCUCAGAGUUGUAUAGGCCAAUUCAAGACUCCUUAAUCAAGUCUUGCAUGGAGAUCGUAGAUAUGGCUGAUGCUACAAGGGGUGGGAGCAGGGUUUCUUCAGCGAUGAAAAGUAUAUGGGCAAAAGUGUUUCCUAAGCCAAGAUGGUUUUGGCUUCCCACUGGUUGCUUGAAACUUCUAGAAGUUUUACAUGGAGCUUUACCGAAGAUGUCUUUAAUUGCUUCCGAUUUCAGUUAUCUACCUGAUGUUAAAAUUCCUGGUGAAAGAGCUCCUCUGGUUUCAACCAAGAAAGAUGGCAGCAGCUCUGAUUACAACAGUUAUUUGGAUGCAAAGGGGGACGCCGACAUAUUCUUUCCAACAGAUUUUUUGCUCUUGGAACAGAUGGAUCAUUACUGCUCUGGGUGGAUGAAGCAGCAAAAAGAUGACACGUCAUUGAAGCGGGGAAAGAAAAGACGUACUCUUUCGCUCGAUACAGCAGCGUUCAUGGAAGAAUUUGGUCUCCCAACAAAGACGAGAACUAAAGAUGGAUAUAACCCUCUCCUGGAUGACUUCAAGAACACCAAAUUUUAUUUGAGUGUUCCUACGCACAACAUCAAAUAGACUAAUCCCUUUUCCUCUUCUAUAGCAAGGGCGUCGAAGAGGCAUGUUAGACAGUGUAGAGAAGACACUUUUCAGUGUGGCAUAAAUUGAUAAAACAUAUUGUACAAGCUUGAGUUGAGCAUCUGUAACAAAGCCUAAAGAGGUUGGAGUUACAAAGUUCUUGAUGUUCUUUUAUAGCAAAGGGAGCAUGUUUGAUCAGAUUAAGAAUGUUUGUGGUUCUUGGUUCCGGGUAGGGGUGUCAAAUGGGACCGGCCCAACCUUGAGCUGGUUGAACAGCUUAAAUGGGUUUGGGCUCAAAUUGCCACCCCUAGUUUCCGGCGUGUUAACGAUGGUAUCAAGAGCUGAGAAUUGUAGAAGACAUUGAUAUUCUUUAUGCUUCAGACUCUUUAGGGUUACUGAUACAUUAUUGUGAUAAGAAUUGGGGUAAGUUCUUUAGUCAAAAUAAAUUUGAUGAAAGUAUGAUAAAUUUAAAACAUGACUACACAUCAGAGAGUUCUUUGUAACAACCAGAAUUCUAACACAGGCAAUGUGUUUUUUCUUCACACUUACCUAUAUGGCCCUAUCUACA